AUGGUUCAAGCUUUAUUAGAAGGAAACUGGACAAGGCUCUGUAAAGUGUUUUCUAGCUUGCAAGGCUUAGAGUUCGAGUGGAGUCUUCACUCGGACACUACAGGUGGUCAUGAUGACAUUGUUGAUGCCAAUUCUAUUCUCAGGAUUUUAAAGUUCAGUGAAUCACAUUACACCACUCCACCCCACAUUGAGAAGAUAGAAGAGCGGGGACGUCAAGGGGACAUCAUUCUCGUGGAAGGAGUCAGGACAGGAAGUGCCUAUGUCUGGGCAACACUCAGAGACACAUCUUAUGCAAAAGUGGAUCACAGCAGUGUAAGGUUAAUGGUGAUUGUAAACUUAAUGAUCAGCCCUCCUGAAACAUAUAUACUCAAAUACGCUGCAGUCAAGUACAAAGUGGAACAGAUCAGGCAGAAUUCUGUAGUUGCGAUACAGAUGCCCUCUUCACAGUAUUCUCUGGAGGUUGUAGAUGGAACCAUCGGAACCUUGGACGCUGCUACAUCUGUAGCUACAGUUUUAGAACUCGGAGAAACUGAAGUCAAACUGAUAGAUAAAAGUAUCCUUUUUGAUAUAGCAAUGUAUGUAUGCUAG